UCAGCAUCCCAGUCGCGCAGAUUCACGAUACCUUUGUGCAUUUAUUCUGUACUCAUGACCGUUAUCAUGCCCUACUUUUACAUUGUGCAUUGGAGAAUGUCGUUGCCGUACACCAUCCAUUUCCAAGCGACUGCAGAAGAGUUGAAACUCCCUAACGCCGAUCCUGAUGCCACCGUCAGCUACGUGAAGGGUGGUUAUUUCUCCACGAUUGGCGUUUAUCACGAGCUUCACGGCCUGAGGCGACUUUAUUGGCUCUUGCACGAAGAUUACUACUUCCCCAAUCGGUCAGCGGAAAGCAGGCGUAACGAGAUGGAGCAUGCCACGCAUUGCCGCACAAUCGUCUUGAAGAACACAAUGUGUACACCUAACACGGCAAUCUAUUCGUUCAGCUACAACCCCGACACGGACCCGAUCCCGGUGCUGGUAUCUGGUGCAAAACGUCAGUGUAUCAAGUGGGAGCCGUUUCAUGAAUGGGCGGAGUCACGAUCCAUGGGUUUGGAUCCAGAUUUGCUCGCGCAAAAAGACCUUAUGGAACAGAUGGGGAUCAAGGGAGGAGUCGCUGGAGGAAGGCGAUAG